ACUUCAUCCUAUUUCCGGGCCAUCAGACCUUACAGGGUAGGUAUACCCCAAUAAAGGGCUAGAAUUGAAAGCCUCUCGACCUGGAUAUUGCAUCCAGGGGAGCAUUUCCAUGGAGAGCUCCCAACUAAUGGAGCACAAUCUUCUUGGUUUUAUGGGCCUUCUCCCAUCACCUGAACCGUGCCACCAUCCCCAAACAAGUUUUAUUGGUUUCCUCGAUGAUUUUAAAACCAGGUUUUGUCUCUCGUCACCAAAUCCUUACCCAAAAAGUUCCCAACCCAAAAUUCCUCUCUCUUCGACCCCCAAUUUCUGUUCUUCUUCUCUCUCUGUAGGUACCCACAUCAAGAACACCCCAUGUGAGCAAAACCCGUCUCUCAAAUCCAUGUUUAGACCAGUAACAAGAGAUAAUCAAGCAAUCAAAGCCAUGCUGAAGAACAUUUCCGUAUUUGAAAAGGCCUUUAUAGGAGCCAUGGCUGGAGGCUUUGCAGGUGCUUUCACAUAUGUUUGCCUUCUCCCACUUGACACAGUCAAGACCAAGCUCCAAACCAGAGGGGCCUCAGAAUUAUACACAGGAGCCAUUGAUGUAAUCUCCAAGGUCCUCAAGAACGAAGGAAUUCUUGGACUUUAUAGUGGGGUUUCGGCUGUCAUUGUGGGCUCUGCAAUUUCCUCUGCAAUUUACUUUGGCACCUGUGAAUUGGGUAAGUCUCUUUUGGCCAAAGUUCCAAGUGUUCCUCCUAUUAUGAUCCCCCCAACUGCUGGCGCAAUGGGUAAUCUCGUUUCUUCCGCGAUAAUGGUGCCCAAAGAGCUAAUUACACAGAGAAUGCAAGCUGGGGCUAAAGGUAGGUCUUGGGAAGUUCUAUUAAGAAUUCUAGAGAGAGAUGGGAUAUUGGGUCUUUAUGCUGGUUACUCUGCAACUUUACUAAGAAAUUUACCAGCAGGGGUCUUGAGUUAUUCCUCUUUUGAGUAUUUGAAAUCAGCUGUAUUGAGUAGAACUGGGAAUUCUCACCUUGAACCUUUUCAAAGUGUUUGUUGUGGGGCUUUAGCAGGGGCCAUUUCGGCCUCUCUCACUACUCCUUUAGAUGUUGUUAAGACCAGGUUGAUGACCCAAAUUCAAAGUGGGGCAAUUGUGGAUCCAGAGACUAAGGCAAAGAUAACCAUUUUGGUGUAUACUGGUAUUUCUUCAACUAUGAGAGAAAUAUUGAAGGAAGAAGGGUGGAUGGGCUUGACUAGAGGAAUGGGUCCUCGGGUUCUCCAUAGUGCUUGUUUUGCCGCAUUAGGUUAUUUUGCUUUUGAGACUGCGAAACUCACUUUCCUUCAUCAUCAUGUUAGUCGUAAAGAAAAGGCAUUGCAUCAUGAUUAAGUGUCUUAUGGGUCAGUUUUGUUGGAUUAGUUGUGAGCUUGUAUGAUUUUUAAGUUUGAUUUGUAUGGAUUGAUCGGUCUAUCUCAGUGCUGCUAAGUUUAUUUGAGAGGCUUGUCUGCCUUCUGAUAUUGUUUUAGUUGAGAAUUUUACAGUGC